UGUCGCUGCCUCGAGUUUGUUUUCCUUUCUUCUGAAUGUCUCUGGCAAGUCUGGUGUGGACCUAGCCAAUAAAAUGCCUUCUCCUAGAACUCUGAAGACUCAUCUACCUGUUCAGAUGCUAUCACCAUCCUUCUGGAAAGAGAAUUCAAAGGUAGUGGGCAUGGAGAAGAUGGAGGACACCAGUCUGCUGCCCAGUCCCAUCAUCAUCAGCAUAAGGAGCAAGAUGGCCUUCCAGUUCAUCGAGCUCAAGGAUAGAGAGACCUUGGUGGAGGGCCUGCUUGAGAGACUGAAGCACAUCCACGCCAACCACCCUGUGCACUAUGACACCUCAACCAAUGAUAAGGACAUGACUGGGCACACAGCACCUGUUUUUUAUUGUACAAGUAUGUAAUGUAAUGUGACCACAAGGUUGGGGAUCUUGAAAUGGUGUCCUCUCACAGCAGCAAGGAGCAUGAAGACAAGAGCCCACCUCUACACCCCAGACCCCUGAAGGCCAUCUUCCAGCCGUCGGGCAGCCAGAGCCCUGACCUCCGCCUGGUUGGUGAGGCCACUGCUACCCUGCUGUGCCAUGGGCACUGGUGGCUGGGCAAUGACCAUGGAGGGUGUGGCACCUGAGUGCCAACUCGUGAGGAGCAGGGUAGAGAGGCGGCCACUGACCUUGGGCAGCAAGGGCUCCCUUGAGGGCUCAGACAACAGAGGGGGAGCCAGCCCUCC